AGAUGGGACUUUUGAAAUUGCGGAAACCAAAAGCAUAUCAACUUCAAGACAUGCCAUCGUCCUUGAAGUCGAAGCUUGCCCGAAGACAGUGAGGACCCCAUUCACAGAUGCCGAAACGAACACAUCAAAGGCCAUACUUCAGUGUGUCUAUCGGGUGCUUUAUGAAUGUUUUCAGCCCAGAAGUGAUGGUGAAAGCAGCCAUCCCAAUACUACACUCUUUCAAUCUCACUGUUCAAACAACGCGGUCAAGAGUAACAAUUUAAAGCCUGUUGCUAUAAAAAGGAAUGACCAGGCGAUCUUCAUAUGCAUUGCGAACCAAAUAAAUCCAGGGUUUCUUUAAUGGCCAAGGACAUCAUUGUCUCAAUCCUUGUUCCACCGACAUACAAUACCCUUUGUUGCUAUAAUGCAGUUUUGUCUUGUUUUGGAGAAGAUUCAUAUAAAAUGCUUGUCAGGUCUAAUCCAUCUGCAUUUACAAGCUUCGCUUCGUCGCAAACACCACCUUCACUGUUCUCUUCUUUUUCAAUUAUAGCAAUGCUUGAUGUCACAUCUCUGCCUCCGGAACUAAUCUGCAUGAUGGCUGAUUAUCUGAGUGCGGAGGACUUGCUCUCUCUCCGUGCUGUUUCUAAAGAUAUGAAAGCGUUGACAACCAAGGCUCUGGAGCCCGUAUGGACUCGUUCACUACGCGUUAUACGCACGGAUUUCUCCAACCAGAGUCUCUCUCGGAUUCAUCGAAUUGCGGAGAACGACGGAUUGAGAGACUACGUUAGAAUCAUGAGGAUUGAGCCACCCUUCGGUCCUCUAACCCCCCUUCAUAGAGUGACUAUGUAUAACCUGAUCAAGGAUCCUACCUUGAUUCCGAAAAUCAAGACACUCAAGGAUGACCUCGUGCACUCACUCAAAAACUGCAGGAGCUUUGAACUCUGCCUCAGCUGGAAGGAAGGUAACCUCACGUACCUAGACAGCGACGACGUUCUUAGCAUCCUUUUCCACAUUUUCGUCGAGGCUGAGUUCCCCGUGGAAAACCUGGCCUUGUACACUCACCGGUAUACUGAGGAAUCUCAGAGGCCCAAAAGAGCCCGUCCUUACACCCGAAUGCACAAGCAGCCCAACCUUGCCCGUGCCUGGACUCAGCUCACUACCUUGCAGGUCACGCAGCCCUACUUCUUUCACCUCGCUAAUUACCUCUACAGGAUUCUGCCCCAAAUCAUACAAACUGCGCCUCGGCUCGAGCGACUGAUCAUCAUUGGCAACGCCAUCAGCGGCCAGUCCCGGGAUCUUGUCUCACUGAUCAAGAACGUUAAACCUCUGGCGGAGAUCAAACAUCUUGAGAUCCAUCGCUCUGGUAUUGCUCUAGAGGACAUUCAAGAGUGGUUGCAGUUGAUCGGUGGCCAUUUACUGUCGCUGACCUUCUCCGGGUGCUCCACAAUCACGUCCGUGCCAUGGGCUACGUUCCUCAGCUGCGUAAAGAAUAAUUGUCCCCGCUUGCAGGCUGUCACCAUUGAAGAUAUGCUCGUGGGCCUUGAGUGCCUAACAGUACAGUAUGACGGUGAGGGGUUGGCCGACGCGCUGGAUGAUGUGAUGUGGAAGUUCGAGGAGGCGGAUUGGUAUUGAUGACCUGUUUGUUGAGGUUAUCUU